UUCUUGUUUGUUGUUUGUUAAUUUUUAUAUAACUUAAAUUUUCCCUCGAAUCUCAAAAUGUUUAUUCAAAAUAAAUUGUAAAUAGUCGAAAUUGUGAUACUAUUGCAUAUGUUGCAUAUUAAAUUAUUAUUUAUAACAAGUGAAUCUCAAUCAAGUAGUCUCAAACAAAAGUUAAACAUUUAACAUUAACAUGAGUCAGACGAAAGAGUCAGCAAUUGAUGUAGUAGACAAAGUAAUAGAAAAACUUCCUGAAUCGAAAUUAGAAUUUAAAGCGAAACCACCUCAGGCAGGAUAUGAAGCAGUUUAUGGACAAAGACGAAGACAAAGUGCGUCUCGUCGACGCCUUGGCUGGUGUGAGGAUGCACGUAGGAAUAAUCCUCAAUCACAUUCAUUAGCUGCAGCAACAUUAAUCUUCGCUUCGGGUGGAAUGAAUUUAGUAUCGAGUAUUGGUUUUGGAUCACAAAACAACUACAGAACACAUAACCAAGUUUCUUGGUUUAUUGCUGUUAUCAUUGGAUCUUGCAUAUCCACAUCAUUGGUAGAGAAAGUCUCAAAAAGAAUAUUUAAUCUUGUCGCAUCAGUUUUUGUCAUCAUAGGUGCGAUCUUCUACAUGACUGCCUCAGAAAGUAACUCGACAAUUACUUCAGCACGAUAUUGUGAUGGUAUUGCAUUUGGCUUGACACUGAUCCCAGCAAUUCUAGCUGGAUCUGAACAAUCGGUAAAAAGAUUCAGAGGUUUAGUUCUGAGUGUUGAACAAAUCGGUCUUGCUGCUGGUGCUCUAGUAAAAAUGAUUUACUGGGAUAAUUGGGGUGAUCGUAAAAUCAAUCUUGUCCAUGGAAGUUUGGGCUUAAUUUAUGGUGUUCUGGCCUUAAUCUUUACAUUUACUUUAACAAUCGAAUCACCUGUACAACUUUUGCGUAAGGAAUAUGAAGAUGAAGCAGCCGUUGAUGCCUUACGCCAACUUCAGAGGCCAAAUAUUGUAACUCAUGAGACAUACGCUUUAUUAAAUGAACACAAAGCUUUGUUGCAAGAAGAUAUGAACAGGGAAUCGAAGAAUAUUUCCAAAGGUUGGAUACCAAUGAUUAAGGUUACUCUGUUUCGGUGCAUGGUUUCAAUGUCGAUAUCUUUCCCUCUUACAUUCACAUUCCUAUUGGCCACUUCGUUAAGUUCGAGAAAUGGAAUUCCAAUGAGUCCCUACGUCUACAUAUUAUUUCGAUUAAUUGGAGUAACGUUUUCGUUAUUUUUCUUGGACACCUUGGGACGUAGAAUACCAAGUGCUCUGGCACUACUUUUUGGUGGUGUUAGUCUUUUCAUAGUCGGAUGGCUUGCUUCGAGCUUCUGGAAUACGCCUUAUGCUUACAUCCAACCAGCAGUAUUUUUAUUGUUGGUCUAUCAGUUGCUAUCGGGUAUUAUGGCCCCCAGCAGUACUUGCUAUUUAAGUGAAGCUUACUCCGUAUCUGUGAAGCCAUAUUUCAUAUUGGCUUCUGUUAUUGCUGAAAAUGUUUUGCAAGUAAUCAUCUGUUUGAUGGUAUCAAAUAAUUCAAUUUCUAACUAUGCUUGUGCUUUGGGAGGUAUGCAAGUAGUUUAUGCUAUUGUUUACUUCUUCACUAUGCCAGAAACCAUGCAAACUACAUUGCGUGAAGCUUUGAAAUUAUUUCAAAGGAUAUUUGUCAUAAAUAUUUCCGAUGAUGAUGAUGAUGAUGACGAUGAAGAGAGAGACGCAGAUGGCAGUGAAGUUUAGAUUUUAAGUUAUUUAAAAUAUAUAAAAAAUAAAUGCACAAACUGUAAAUAUAGAUUUAAAUAAACGUGUUAUUUUAUUAAUGAAA